CUUCUACGCAUACGACUGCUUCGUCGAGUUAUAAUUCUACGGUGUCGAAAGAUACAAAAUAACUGAGUCUUAUCUUCCUACUGUUGUUGUAUUCUUGGGGAUACGAACGUGAAUUAAAAAAACGAACGUCAAGAUGGGUGCUGUUGUUUCUUGUAUUGCAAGCAUCUUCCACUCCAUCGGCGCAUGUCUAAUGGGCAUCGUCAACACUAUCGGAGCCGUCUGCAAAGCCAUCAUCGACGGUGUCGUUUCCCUCUUCGAUGUGAUUAUCUCGUGCCUUACCUGCGGAGGAUGUGGAGGGAGGAGAAGGAGGACGAGGAGGUCGAGGGUGUGAUAUGAUGGAUGAUAGUUGAUGAGAAAUACCUGAUGAUGGAUGGAACUGCUAUGAUUUACGAAUGAUAUGGGUCUGCUGUUGUUUGUUGUUUGGAGUUUGGCAUUGUGCUUUAUACCUGCGUCUCGUCUUGUGUAAUAUCAUACUGGAUGGG